GGGCGGACAGUGGGGUGGGGACUCAAGAGACAGGUGUCAACGGUCACGGAGGUCGUUAUUUUACUUUCCUUUAUUUUUUAAUACUUCUCAAUAAUAAUAAUAAUAAUAAUACUAAUACUAACAACAACAAUAAUAGUUACGCACUUAUUUUGCGUAAAAUUUUAUUUUUUUAAAUUUUUAUUUAACAUUCAAAUAACACCGGUGUAAUAUAAUAUACGUGUGUUAACGGUGGAAUACGCGAAAGGCCUUAUAUGUCAUUAUACUAUCAAGGUCGUAUAAAUGGUGUCGCAUUGAGUAUCUGCAAUGAAUUUCCCACCGUUUGGAAGUCACUUUCCUGCUACAAUCCCUAGUAUUCAUCAGUUUACUGCUGAUGGUACUAGUGGUAGUAGUGCAAGAUAUGCUAAUCACUUUCCUAAUCAGCCUCCGAUCGGAGUGCCGGUUGUGGGAAAAUAUCGUCCAGAAAUAAAUGGAGGGCAAACUGGACAAAGUCAAGGAAUGAUAAGCAACAAAAGUACCUACUCGAAUAGUAAUGUACACUCACAUUAUUCAAAUGUGCCAUACUCACAAGCACAGUCUGUACAACAACGUCCGACAAAUUCACCGGGUAUGCAAGAAAAACGUUCUUAUCAUCAGGAUGUGUGUAAUUUGCUGCAAGAAAAAGAUAAAAAAGAAAAAAAAACCGAGGAACAACAAAGAAAUACAGGUGAUUCGGGUAGUACAACAAAUGACAGUGGACAACAAGAUUAUUCAUCAAUUCAUCAGCAUCAUCAACAACACGCGCACACCCAAACACCAGCCUCAAUGCCAGCAACAUGGCAAUCUCUUGCAACUCCUGGCUCUACAGUAGCUGAUUACCUCAGUCAUUUACCGGCAAGCACAUUGCCAUUAAGUUUACAUCAUUUUUUAAAAUAUUCUGCUGAGAGUAUUAAAAAAGAAUCUGAAAUGCAAGCUCAUACUACUUCAGUGGCUGUUGCUACAACAACAACACCAAAUAUUAUGAUGUCACCUACUACGAAAAAAAAGAAAAAGAAGAAAGUACCAAAGGAAAAAAAGCCAAGACCAAAACCUGGUGAAAUUCGUUUGACAACAGCACUUGAUGGAUCAACACUUUAUUGUUGUCCAGAGUGUCAUAUGGCUUAUCCUGAACGUGAACUUCUUGAGCAACAUCUUCUAGGUCAUACACUUGAGCGUCGAUUUGUUUGCGAUAUUUGUGGUGCUGGUCUUAAACGUAAAGAUCAUCUUACGCGUCAUAAACAAAGUCAUAAUCCCGAAAGACCUUAUGUUUGUACUGUUUGUCUGAAAGCAUUUAAACGAAAGGAACAAUUGACAUUACAUUUUGUCAUACACUCUGGUGAAAAAAGGCACGUUUGUACAGAAUGUGGUAAAGGAUUUUAUCGAAAGGAUCAUCUUAGAAAACAUACACGCAGUCAUAUUGCUAGAAGAGUUAAAGCAGAGCUCAGUCAAAAUGCCAGUGGUGGUCAGCAACAAAGCCAACAACAAAAUAAUGUUACGAAUAUGCAAGCAACAGCAGUAUCUGCUUCAUCUGUUUUGCCGGGUGGGCAUCCUGGGCCUCUCCUGUCCUGAGCCCCGCCAUCUGGGAGCUUUCAAGUUCCCCAUCCAACAAAUAACAGUGUCAUUAAUUCACAUCAAACGAGUAGUCAUCAGUCUCAUCAUUCUCAUCAUCAUCAUCUUGCUGCAGUUAAUGCCGCAGCACAUCAAGCAGCUGUUGGCGUACAUGCCGCUACCUCUAGCCAGUAUCAAAGUCACGAACUCAGCUUUCUUAGUCAUGUCAAAAAUUUCUGAUAAUUAAAAUUAUUAUUAAUAGGUAAGCAUUUUUCUUCAUUAAUUUACUCUGCAAUGGAUAAACAAAUUGUGUCUUUUAUCAAGGCAAUUCAAUUUUUUAAAAUUAUUAUUAUAAUGGUGGAAUAAAUGAAUAAUAAUUCACACACUAAUUUUGUCCUAUUGUACAGUUUGCCAAGAGUUUAAAUCAAUAUUUUCAUAAUUAAUUGAUGCAUUAAAUGCCAUGGUAAUAAUCAUUCAAUUAUAUAAGUUAUUAAAUACAGUAGUAAGACAUUAUUUUUUUUUAUUUUAAAUGUAUUUUUUAUUACUUGUGUAUUUGCAAUAUUUAAAAAGUUAUUAGGUUCGAUAAAAAAAACUAUUAGUAAUUUAGACCUUUACAAUUUUUAUAAUGUAAUAAAUAUCAGUAUUUUUUUUUUUUUUUGAUAAUAUUGUCUUAAAAUUCAAGUAGUUUUGGCAGCUAAGAGUAAUUAUUUACUUUAUAAAUUACGCUUGACGCGAAGCAAAAAAAUUUACAGAUAUUUUGUUUUAUAUUUUUUUUUUUUUAUAAUUGUCUUUAAAAAUUUUUAAAUAUUUGUUGAGUACUGAUUAUAAGUAUAAGUUUAUUUUUAAUUGUUUU